UAGCAUUGAAUACCACUGCGACAUGGCAUAUAUCUAUCGAGUAUAACCACGUCUUUUGUACCUUCUCAAGGAGCUGUCUUUGGAUGUAGCGGAGGUGCUUUGACAGCGAAUAUAUCUAGGGGUUCUUCUCUUCCAUUCUUCUUCGUGUAUUCCUUUUCCCCCAUUCCAUCCAGGGGCUUCAGUCUCAAUUCCUCAACACCUGAAGAUUCUCCUCAUUUACAUACAAGACCCCCUUCCUAUCUCCAGGACAAUGGCUCAGGCCCCCCUCUACGCCAACAUCGCCAACAACCCAAACAUCAACCUCGACCCACCACCACCACCCCUAGGCGUCCCCGAUCCUCAAUCCGAACCCAUCCACAUCAUCGGCCUCGCCGCUGCCGGCCCAGCAGACCCAGCCGCAGCACCACCUACCUUCGCCCCAGCCCUCGGCAUCCUCGUCAACGGUGCCGUCGCAGGUACCACUGCUCCUGCUCCUGCGGCAGCCGUCGUACCUCCACCACCCCCUUACCCAGGUAUGCCAUUCCCUCCCUUUGGCCUCGGCGGCCCUUGGCCCAUGGGUAUGGGGAUGGGGAUGGGCAUGCCCUUCGGCCUACCCCUAGGCAUGACACCCCAAGGCUUCCCACCCGCGCCCAACCCAGGCUGCGGUGUCUCCCCGCUCCCAGGCUUCGGCUACACAGGAGGCAUGAUCCCUCCUCCCUUCGCUGCGGGCGGUAUGCCGUGGGCCGCCGGCGCAGCAGCAACAGCAGCAGGCUUCCUACCCGGCUUCGGCGGCUUCUUCCCCGGCGGACGACCCCCACUGCCCUUCAUCGACGGCGAAGGCGGCGGCGUCGGACCCAUCCCGGGCUCGCAAACCGAUCCCACGGUGCGCCCCGGCGGCGACAUACCCGGCCACACGGUCGUGCAACCCCAGGAAACGAGCUCCAUCUUCCGCAUCCUGACGAACUGUCUGCCGUGGGAGCAUGCAGGCAUGCAGUUGCAGAUUGAGCCCAUGCAGUUCGAUUCCGGGUGGACGAUCAAUCGCGUCAUCAAGGCGAUGCGGCUUCCGCAUGAGGAGUGUCAGGGGUGGGGGCUCACGAAGUGUAUUGAGUUGGGUGGCGGGAGGUGGGCGAAGGGCAUGACGUAUGUGUUUGGGAGUCAGAUGGCGACGGAGUGUAGUUUGGGGAUGUUGGGGAUGGGACAGGGAGCGAAUAGGGAUGGGACGAGGGAGAAGGUGUAUGUGGUUUUGCAUCGGGUCUAGGGGUGUGGUGGGAGAGGUAUGCUGUGGUGAUUUUUGGGGGGAAGGUUGAUUUUUUCUUGGAUAUAGAAGUGUUGGUAGGU